CGCUCGGCCGCCCUCACUCCGCGCUCCGCGCCGGGCCGUGCCGCGCCGGGCGAUGCCGUGCGGGCAGCCCGACAGCGGGGCCGCCCCGACGCGGUACGUGCUGGGGGUGGAUGUGGGCAGCACGGUGGUGAAGUGCCACGUCUACGACCGGGCGGCCACCGUCAGGGGUUCCAGCUACAGGAAGGUAGAAUCACUUUAUCCUCAUCCUGGAUGGGUUGAAUUAGAUCCUGAAGUUCUAUGGAGUCAAUUUAUUGGUGUAAUAAAAGAGGCUGUACAAGCUGCAGGACUUCACAUGAGGCAAAUUGCUGGUCUUGGCAUCUCCACCCAGAGAGGAACUUUCAUUACAUGGCACAAGAGAACAGGGAAACCCUUUCAUAAUUUCAUAAGUUGGCAAGACUUAAGAAGUGCUGAACUUGUGAAUUCCUGGAAUAACUCCCUUCUGCUGAAGGUAAUCCAUGUUAUUUUUACAGUGCUUCAUUUCUUGACUGGGAAUGAUCGAUAUUUGGCACCCAGUUUUCUUACUUUUUCAACACAUCAGGCUUCUAUGAAGUUGUCAUGGGUUUUUAAAAACAUACAUGAGGCUGAAGAAGCUGCCAAAAAAAACAACUGCUGCUUUGGGACGGUUGACACAUGGUUACUGUAUAGAUUGACUAAAGGUUCUGUGUAUGCUACAGAUUACUCAAAUGCCAGUUCCACAGGCAUUUUUGAACCUUUUACGAAAUGUUGGAAUCCCACUUUGUGCAAUCUGCUUUCUAUUCCAGUGUCUAUUUUUCCACCAGUGAGAGAUACAAGCUUCAACUUUGGAUCAACUGACUCUGAAAUAUUUGGGGUACCUAUUCCAAUAAUGGCAGUGGUAGCUGAUCAACAGUCAGCUAUGUUUGGAGAAUGCUGCUUUCACCCAGGAGAUGUUAAACUGACCAUGGGAACAGGUGGUUUCUGGAAUGUGAAUACUGGAGAGCAUCUCUUUGCAUCACGGGGAAGUCUUUAUCCUCUGAUCGGUUGGAAAAUUGGGGAAGAAGUUGUUUAUUUAACUGAAGGUUCUAUAUCAGACGUCGGCACUGCCAUAAAAUGGGCUCUGGAUAUAGAACUUUUCACCAAUGUAGAUGAAACAGCAGAAAUGGCACAGAAUGCUGCUGAUUCUCAAGGUGUUUGUUUCAUCCCAGGUUUGCAGAUUUCUGGGGAUGACCCAUAUUUAUGUGCCUCUUUCAUGGGGCUGAAACCUUCCACUAACAGAAGCCACCUUGUUCGAGCUAUAUUGGAGUCUGUAGCUUUCAGAAACAAGCUGCUUUAUGAUGUCAUUGUGAAGAAGGUGCACAUUCCUCUUCGAACUAUUCGAGCUGAUGGAGGUGUCAGUAAUAAUAGUUUUGUCAUGCAGAUGACAUCAGAUUUAACUAAUAAGAAAAUAGAAAAACCUGCAAAUGUGGAAAUGUCUACUCUUGGUGCAGCUUUUCUAGCAGGCCUUGCUUCAGGAUUUUGGAAAGACAAAAAACAACUAAAGAAGCUGAGGCAAAUAGAAGCAGUGUUUGAGCCCCAAAAGGAUUCAGAGGAAUACAGACCUGCUAUGGAUGCAUGGCUGCAAGCAAUGAAACACUCACCACACUGGUAGAAAUUGGUAUUUUAAUUUUAGAAGAAUUAAGACGGUUUAAUUCAUAUUUUAUAACAUCUUGACAUUAACAGGACAGUAAAAAACCAUAACUGAAAUUUGUGACGGUGUAUUAUAAGUUGUGUGGUAUUUCAGUUCCCCCCUGCUGCUGGAUUACUUACCAUGGUGUAAUGAACCUUCCCAUCAUCCCUGUGGCAGCUGUGGUCCAGCUGCAGCAUUUGUGUCCCUUCAGUGACCUCCUUUGGUGGCCAAGCUGCUCAAAUCCUGCCAUGUGCUGCCCAUGGGCUGUGCUCACUGUGAUGGGUUUUGCACUGAGCAGCUCGCCUCCCUUUGGAUCUUUAAAAUCUUGCAUAUGUUAAUCAUCCAGGAAGGGUAAAAGGCACAUUUGCUCCCCUAGGCCUUGCUAAGAAACAAAAUGAUUGUUGGGGCUGGGUUGUGAGGAAUUCAGUUGUGUAGAAAGACAUUGUUUUGGUAGUAGCCUGUCGCCACCUUUUGGUUGACACCGGGCGCUGUGGUCGCAUUAUUUGUGCACUAGAUCAAGAUGAAAUACACAAGCAAAUAGACUUUUAACACUCCAUUUAAAAAUCCAGGGUUUUUGUAGCUGAUACAUUGUAGCUAGCUUGUAGCUCAAUUUUUAAAAAUUUUAUAAAGCAAUCUUAUCUGGAGUGACCAGCACAGAUACAUUAAAACUAGUUCCAGGUAUGCUGUCUAACUUGUAAAUAUCUGUACUGUUAGUAUCUUCAAGGCCAUUUUUAAAUCCUAUUACUAUUAACUAAAAGGGAGUAAAAAGUCUAUUUUUGAAGCUAUAAAUUACUUUUGUAUUUUUUAAACAAAUAAAAUAUAAUUAAAUAAACAUGUAGUUAAUUAUUCUUAUAUAAUUGCUUAUUUCUAAUGUUAAAUUAUUGUAAUUUUCUCAGGAUUAUGUGUAAAUCAGCUUCCAAAAUGUAAAAUGAUUAAACAUUUUAAUUUCAGAAUAAUAUCAAGUUCAAGCUGUGGGUGAUUUGUAUUCCAUAGACACUGGAGAUAAGAAAUGUUCACAGACUUAACAUCAUUUAAAGAGGGCUGAAGAACUAUAAUUCAUUUUCUUGUGCUGAUACACAGAAGGUCAAAUCAUACACCAUGUCCUUAAUUUCCUUCAAUCAUGUACCCUGAGUUGGAGCAUCUCUACUAGCUGUGUUCAGCCUCCAUCUCAUUUACUUGUCAGCCUAUGCUUAAUGUGCCAUUUUUCGUGUUACAUUCUGCCCUUCAACCUGUGCUACAUCUUGGCAAUUUUAUUUUCUCUGGGUAUCUUUCCAAUUCUCCUUAACCUUCUUUAAUGUGAAUCCUUAAAUGAAGUGCAGAAGCAAGUGUGUCUGCUGAUUUCUAGUAAUAUGCCAGGCUGUAGUGCCAAGACUCCAGUAUGAAGUGCCUCAAAGAGGUUCCCUCCACUCCUCCUCCCGCUGUCAGGAUCAGGGCACAGCACAAGAGGCUCACCAGAGGAAGAGAAAGAGGAUGUUCAUUUUAAAGAUUAUGUGAAGAUGAAAAGGGACAUCUUAUG